AUGGCCCCCCAAAUACUCCACCGCGUCAUCCAUGGCAGCCCGAACCCCGAACCCUGGCAAAAGGCCCUAUUGACAUUCAAACCCGCCAUCUUGCACGGAUUCCGACGACACCGGGUGCGCGGUGCCGAUUACCCGGGCAUCGUACCGAAUAAAGACGGGGCGUCCGUGCUAGGCACGGUGGUCUUCGGACUCGCAGACGGGGAUGUCCAUCGACUGGAUAUCUUUGAGGGACCGGACUACGUCAAGGAGAAGGUGACGGUGAGGGUGCUGCGGGAGUCGUUGAGUGUGGAUGGACAUGGUCUGUCUGAUCAGCUGCAGGACGGCGAUGGGAAGCAUCUGAGGGAUGUGUUGGAUGCGGCGGGGGCGGAGUUUGCGGAUGAGGGAGAGGAGGUGCCAGCUGCGACGUAUGUUUUUAUUGCCGGGGAGGAUAAGUUGGAGGAGGCGGAGUGGGAUUUCGAGGCUUUCAAGAGGGAUAAAAUGGCGUGGUGGGUAGGGGCUGAUGAGAGUGAGUGGUAG